AGUUUCUAAAUUGCAAUAGAAACAAUUCUGAGUUGAUCCCAAGUGCGCAGACCGCAAUUAGAUAGUGUGGCAGGAAAGGGUUUUGCUUCGACAGAAGGGGUUUCGGCAUCUUGAGGUCUAUAUGCGGCUACUGCUGGGAAAUGUCCAGUUCAGACCAGGCGAGCUAAAGGAGAAGUAUCUUGGAGUAGCGAGCAUCGUGAAUUGCUUCCUGUGUACCUUUGGUUUCUAGCACCAGGAGCUGUGAGAGUGUGGUCCGAUGCCAUCCAUGGCGCCGCUUUCGAGUGGAAACAAGAAUGGGGAUGGGAAUGGAAAUGUUCCCGGCAGGGGAAAUGGGGUUCCUUUUGGUGGUCAUUGGGGUCCUCCUGAGUCCACAUCGGCCACUCCAUCUGCGGCUAAUGAGGCGGUUGGCAAGCGAAAGGCAACUACACUUCUUCCACAGACUAGAGUUACCAAACGGCAAGCACUUUUGAAUCAAAGGCGUGCUCUGCCAAUCGCAUCAGUGGAAUCCGAGCUCGUUAAUCAUGUCAAGAAAAACGAGACUCUGGUCGUAAUUGGUGAGACAGGAAGCGGGAAAACUACACAGUUACCUCAAUUUUUGCAUUCUGCGGGGUUUUGCAAGGGUGGCAUGAUGGUUGCCAUCACUCAGCCACGGCGUGUUGCAGCUAUAACUGUGGCAACCCGUGUAGCAGAGGAGAUGGGUGUAGAGGUUGGGCAGGAGGUUGGUUAUUCGAUCAGAUUUGAAGAUUGCACAUCUCCUUCAACGCAACUUAAGUACAUGACUGAUGGUAUGCUACUGAGGGAAGCACUACUGGACCCUCUACUAUCGAGAUAUUCACUUGUAGUGAUAGAUGAAGCUCACGAAAGGACUAUCCACACAGAUGUGUUGUUUGGUCUACUCAAGGGAGUCCAAAAGAGAAGGCAAGCAGCAAGUACAGCUACAAAAUCCUCCAAGAAGAAAGCAGCGACAACUGGAGUUGCACUAAAAGAUCUACAGAAUUUGCUAACUACUAGUAAAACCCCUCUCGAAAAAAAAAAUAGUGCUUUGAAGUUAGUGGUAAUGUCUGCAACCUUGGACACGAAGGGUUUCUGUGAAUACUUCAAUGGAGCAGAGGCGGUUUAUGUGCAAGGCCGUCAGUUUCCUGUAGAGAUAUUCUAUACCUUUACGCCAGAAGCUGAUUAUCUCGAUGCUGCUCUCCUUACUACAUUUCAGAUUCACUUGGAGGAAAUCCCAGGAGAUAUUUUACUCUUCUUGACAGGACAAGAGGAGAUUGAAUCAAUGGAGCGGCUUUUGAAGGAACGUGCUUCUCAUUUGUCUCCAAAAGUUCCUAAACUAUUGGUUGUCCCUAUAUAUGCUGCUCUUCCCAGUGAGCAACAAAUGCGUGUAUUCCAGCCUGCUCCUGACGGAACACGAAAGGUAAUAUUGGCAACCAAUAUUGCAGAGACAUCACUUACCAUUCCUGGCAUUCGGUAUGUGAUAGACCCAGGCCUAGUAAAGGCAAGAGCGUACAACCCGCGUACCGGGGUGGAGUCAUUGGAGGUUGUGCCAGUAUCAAAAGCUCAGGCCCGACAACGGAGUGGUCGUGCAGGGCGAGAAAGGCCAGGAAAGUGUUUUCGGCUGUACACAGAAGAUUUAUAUAGAAAGUUGGAAGACUCAACUGUACCUGAAAUCAAACGCUGCAAUCUUGCAAACGUUGUUCUACAACUGAAGGCUUUUGGUAUUGACGAUGUGCUUGGAUUCGACUUCAUGGACAAGCCUUCCAGGAUAGCUAUUGUAAAGUCAUUGGAGCAUCUCUAUAGUCUCGGAGCUCUGACCGAUGAAGGCAAGCUUUCUGAUCCAAUUGGUACGAGGAUGGCUCGGUUUCCUCUGGAGCCCAUGUAUGCUAAGGCUAUGCUCAUCUCCUGUGAGAUGGGAUGUUCUGAGGAGAUGCUUGCUACAGUGUCCAUGAUGUCGGUCGAUUCCGUUUUUUAUGCCCCACGUGAUAAACUUCAGGAGGCAAACAAUGCUAGAAAUCGAUUCAUAAGUGCGGAUGGGGAUCACAUCACCUUAAUCAAUGUCCUGCGUCACUACAUCCAAGAAGCGGAAGAGGCUGGGGCAGGGGCAGGGGCAGGUGAAGCAGAAGACACUAGCAGCAAUUCAAAUUCUAACGAAAACAAAAAGGUUUUCAAGCGUAUCCGUAGUUGGUGUACCGCAAACUUCAUUAAUGCUCGGUCAUUGAAACGAGCAGUUGACAUCCAGAAGCAAAUACGAGGUUAUGUGGAAGGCAUGGGCUUGACAAUCAUAUCUUGUGGAGAUGAUAUGCUUUCGUUUCGCCGUUGUCUUGCUGCUUCUUUCUUCCUUAAUGCUGCUCGACGCCAAUUGGAUGGAACCUAUAGGGCUUUGGCAAGUGGUCAAUCAGUGGCUAUCCAUCCAUCAUCAGUACUAUUUGGACAGAAGCCCGACUGUGUGGUGUUUAACGAACUCGUGCGAACAAAUCGUUCGUACAUACGCAAUAUCACUCGAGUUGAUUCACUGUGGCUGCCAGAGCUCGCUCCUCAUUACUACGCAGCACAAGCGUUGAACACACCAUGUCAAUCCUAGAAUUAGCGAAAUUUUAGGUACUGGCAACAUCCACUAUGAAGAUGGUUAUUUGAUGGAUUUAGGAAACAAGUGAAUCACGUUAAAUCUGAAUACGAUCAAGUUUCUUGUAAGUCAA